CUGUUACACUGUUUCCUAAAUUCCUAUGCGCUGCCCUAGUUGCAAGUCUAAGUUUUUGAGUGGGGCCCCAGAGCCCCCAGAACGAGAACAUAUUGCUGAAAUGAAACCUCACAUCAGCCCCUACAAGGAAACGAGACUGUGAGAUUGCAGAGAGCCACCAGCCUUUGUGGGGGGAUCACCCUCAGGCCAGGGGCAGGACAAGGGAGGGCAGAAACUGGAUCCACCUUGUCUCCCAGCUCUGGCUCUCCAAGUCCCUUCAGGGCCUCAACUUCCCCUCAAGGCUUCAAGCAAUGAGCAGAGUGAGCACACCAAGUUCACCAAGGAACGAAGUUAAAUUCAAUUUCAUUGUGCAAAUGUUCUACAUAUUCUUAAAAUCCAUUCACCAGCUGAUGGGCAUCUUAGCUGUCUUCAUUUCUUGGAUGUUGUAAAGAGAGCAGCAGCAAACCUGGAUGAGCAGGGGGCUACUGGCAUUCACUCUCGUCUAUUCUACACAACUGCAUUCAUGAGGGUAAAAUGGAAUGGAGAGAGAGCAAAGGACAACUUUUCAUUAUCUCAGAGCACAAAAUUCCACUGUAAAUAUUACUCAUCUUCCCUCACAAAGAAAUAUUCUGAAGAAUCCAUCAAGAUUUCUGUCUGGUCAAGUCCAAGCAUCAUCCCUGUCUUAUCCCCCAGCAGGAAAAAUGAAACAUAUUAUCAGUCCAUAUGAACACACCAACGACACAGCAAGAAACAAUUCCGAUUGCCCGGAUGUAGUUUUGCCAGAAGAGAUAUUUUUCACAAUCUCCAUCAUUGGUGUUCUGGAGAACCUGAUCGUCCUCCUGGCUGUGAUCAAGAAUAAGAAUCUCCAGUCCCCCAUGUACUUUUUUAUCUGCAGCUUGGCCAUUUCUGACAUGUUGGGCAGUCUGUACAAGAUAUUGGAAAACAUCCUGAUCAUGUUAAGGAACCGGGGUUAUCUCAAGCCUCGUGGCAAUUUUGAAAGUACAGCCGAUGACAUCAUUGACUGCUUGUUCAUCCUCUCUUUGCUGGGCUCCAUCUUCAGCCUGUCUGUGAUUGCUGCCGAUCGCUACAUCACCAUCUUCCAUGCCCUGCAAUACCACAGCAUUGUGACCAUGCGCCGCACCAUCAUCACCCUAGCAGUAAUCUGGGUAUUCUGCACGGGGAGCGGCAUCGCCAUGGUGAUCUUCUCCCACCACAUCCCCACCGUUCUCACCUUCACGUCACUCUUCCCUUUGAUGCUAGUUUUCAUCCUGUGUCUCUACAUUCAUAUGUUCUUACUUGCCCGCUCCCAUGCUAGGAAGAUCUCUGCUCUUCCUAGAGCCAACAUGAAAGGUGCCAUCACACUGACUAUCCUUCUUGGGGUCUUCAUCUUCUGUUGGGCCCCCUUUGUCCUCCAUGUCCUCUUAAUGACCUUCUGCCCGAAUAACCCUUACUGUGUUUGCUACAUGUCUCUUUUCCAGAUCAAUGGCAUGUUGAUUAUGUGUAAUGCAGUCAUUGACCCCUUUAUAUAUGCCUUUCGGAGUCCAGAGCUCAGAGAUGCAUUCAAAAAGAUGCUCUCCUGCAGCAGGUAUCAGUAGAACUUUUGACCCCUGAUUUGAAUAUUGUAAAAGGGCCAAAUGGCAUGACAAUCUGACAAGUGCUGAUGCUUCUGGCCAGCAUCUUUCUUUAAUAGAGGGGGACCACACAUAGCUGGCUUCCUGCAGCUGCAAACUUUAUAGUGCACCUAGAGAGAUGAAAUUAUGGGCUGAAAAGAACAAUAUACAAUGUAACAUAGCAAUGCAAAUGUGAGGACUUUGGUUUAAGCGAUUAUUUGUUCUAGUGUGGGUACCUGGCAAAAUUGUCCUAGGAAGCCUUUCCAAGUUGGAAGCCAUGGCAACCAAUUCUCUAAGUUAAAGUACUUUUUAAACAUCUAACUAACUAACUGUGUUGGUUAGGUUUCUAUUUCUGUGGCAAAUACGCACAUUUAAUCAACUUUGAAAAAGGAAAGAUUUAUUUUGUCUCAUAAAUUGAGAGGUUUUGGUUCUUGGUACCUGGCUGUUGGUUGGGCCUAUGGUGAAGCAGCUCAUCAUGAUGGAAUCAUGUAUUAAAACAACUCAUGGCAGCCAGAAACCCAUGGUUAAGAAGAAAAGAUGGGUGUUUGAUAGUCUUCUUUGAUGGUAAAAUCUCAAUAAACUGAGAUUUACCACCAGACCCCACCUCUUAAAGGCUGUUUUCUGGUGGCAGCUAACUAAAGACCAAGUCUUUAACACAUGAGGGUCACUUACCUAAACCAUAAUAGAGAGUGCCUCAGUUCAGAAACUACAGUGUUCUUGUAAGACAAAUAUGCUAAUUAAUCACCACCGCUAAAUAGCCCAUCUCUCGUGUAGUCAGCUUUUAAAUUUCCAAGAAUAAAUGACUCUUCUUUGCUCAGUCAGGAUUCCGCUCACUCUUCAAAUCUCUCCCUACUUCCAUUUCCUCAAACUUUCAAAGCAAAAAUCUCUCAAAGGGGAGAAUUCACAUAUUAACCCAUUUGAGUCCUAUUCAGGAAUAUAUAAUGUACACUGUAUUAGGGAAGGGAAGGAAAGAGAGAUAUAAGGAGAGAGGGAGAGAGAGAGAGAGAGAGAGAGAGAGAGAGAGAGAGAGAGAGAGAGAGAGAGAAUAUAUCAGAGUCAGAAUCAUGUUUUUGAGUAUGGGGUAACUAAGACCAAAACAUUUCAAGCAUCAUGCUAUUACUAGAGACUCAAGCCAAGGACAUGAUAUGAUGAAAAAGAAUCUCUUUUUCUUCAUAAGCAAGUUCAAAAUGUAGGCACAUAAAAUCAUUGAACAUUGUAUUCUGCAUGAAGUAAUAGAUGUCCAAUAUUGAAACGUGGCAUUCUAAAUAGUAGUAAAAGAAAAAAGCUUUCAAGUUCAACCAUUAAUAACACAGUUAAAGAAGAAGCUCAGAGCAUAGGAGGUUGCAGUGCAAGUCCUUGCUAAACUGGAGAGAACUAUCGGUGAUAGAAGGAUCCAGGGGCUUCUCUAGUCUCCCUGAAUUCUCAGCAUCUUCUGGGAGAGACAGCUUCUUGCCUUCUGUCUCCAAAUCCUGUUGUAUUAAAGUUUCUGGGGAAACCAAAGAAAAGACAUGGGGUAGAAAAAGUAUGAUUUAUAAGGGUUGAGGAUGUGCCAGAAGAGAGGAAAGUAGAGAAAGUCAUAUUCAAGAGGGGAGAAGUGCUUAUAUGCUGAGCUGGGGAAAUGUGGGACAUGGCCGGCCAGAGACAUGGCCUUUCUCAAAGACUGGCAUGAUCAACACAGCUAAGUAUAACUCGUGUCUGAUUUCCACAUGGCUUUCCAGUAGUGAGAAUUUCUGUUUCCCACUGAUACUUUAUUGCACUGUAUGAAUUCAUACUUUGUUCUUUUGUUACUGUCUGCUACCUAGGUUUACCCGAAUUGCUAAUCAUACUAGUAAUGCUUCUAUGAACAUUCCUGUGUGUGAAUAUGCAAAAUAGUUUCUCCAGAAUAUAUUCAUUAAAUAGGCACGCUUCAACUUAACCAGAGAAUUGAAAACUGUUUUUCCAAAAUGGUUAUGCCAACCACAUUCUCCUUACUGGGGUGCAAAAAUUCCAGUAGGCCUGUAUCUUCACCAGUUCCUUAUGCCCUCAAAGUCUUGGUAAUGUGACAGAUAUCUGAUGCCCAUCUUUGACUGCUCACGAAAGUGAGUAGAUUUGAUAUUGUUUGUGUUUCAUGAACUCUUGCUCAUGCAUUUCAUUGGUCUGUCUUGGAGAUUCCUAGGUGAACUUGACAGGUAUUUGUAAGUAGAACCCUUAUUCUCCCUGUCUUUUCCUGGCUGGAGUCUAUGACAGUGGUGACAGGGAGCAGAGAUUGAGGGAUUCUUCGUGUUUUUCCUAAAUUUAAGUAGAAAUACAACUUCGAGUUUUUCCAAUAUGGUUAUUUUUUUUUUUUGAAAGUUGUGUUCUACUAAAUUGAAGACAUUCUUUCCUUACAUUGUUUCCUAACAAUGCUUUUAUCAUAAAUGAUCAUCGACCUUUUAAUGCAUCCUCAGUAACAGCCGAUCAUUUGCUAAAUCAUUAGUGGAGUAAAUAACAUUAAAAGAUUUUUUUAAAAUUGACCAACCUUUACAAACUACAAAUAGUGUGAUAUUAUAUAAAUUGUAAAUAAAGUUAAAAUAUGUCAUUCGACAAGACUUAUUCUGAAUCAUACUUUUAUAUAUUCAAAGAUUUUAUACUAAUAUGAUUUAGUAAAUAUUUUUGAAUGGACGAUAAUGGAUUGUAUAAAAGAAAAGGCAAUAAUUAUGGAAGAAAAGGUUAUGAAUUUGAGAGCAAGUGGAAAGAACAUGGAAGGAGUUGUAAGGAGUAAGGGAGGGAUAGAAAUGAUGUCAAUACAGUACUUAUGUAUAAAAUUCUCAGAAAAAAAUAAAA